UGCGCUAAUUCUGUCCAAAGCUACGCUCAACUGUAGAGGCGCCUUGGCAAGGCAGAAUCAAUAUCCAUAUUCUUCUUUACGCAGUCGACAACGCUAAUUAAUAGAUUACAAUGACACCAUGGUGGUAUGUCGCCCGUAUUCUGGAUGGACUUCAUUUUGAUGAUUGUAAUUGAAGUCUUGAGCUGGAACUUCUUGGACGAGGACUAUGUGAUCAGCGUUUUAUUAUUGUUCGUCUAUACAUCCGAUACACUACAGGUGAAUACCUACAAGUACCUAAUAAUAGGUGACAUUAGUGUAAGCUUAUACAUAUUUAACCUUCUUCUCCCCAGUAUUAUAUAUGCAUAAGAGAAGCUAAAUCCAAUCCAAUGCUAGGCUAGACGUAUUGGAACAUUAUCGAGGCAGUAGAUGGAUAUGUAUAUA